AUGAACCGAAGAAUUCCGCGCACCCGGACCGGUUGCCUCUGCUGCCGUCAACGGAAAAAGAAAUGCGAUGAGACGAAACCGCAAUGUCGCGCGUGCACACGCAACAAGUUAAAAUGCGCGUGGCCUCCCCAUAUAGUCCGGAUUUUUGGUCUCGAUUCUGGGCCACAGAUUCUGGAUGAUGCUCUUCCUCGCGAACGGGAUCUAACCAGGGGUUUCGGUCACCCGGAAACCAAAAAUGCACCUGCAUCCACGUCUUCUUCUGCUCGGCCCGCCAGCAUGGAUUCCAAUUUGUCCUCGGACAUCGCCGAUCGCUCUCCGGAUGAGAGGGAAAAUCACAUUGCGUCAUGGUGUUCGGAGCUAAAAACUUUUGUGAGUCCGAGACGAGCGAUGUUACUACCGGAAUCACAAGUCCUACUGUCACACUAUCUGGACGUGACGGGUCCUAAGCUAGCCCCGGCACCUGAUACACCUUUCGUUUCUUGGCUGCUACCGGUCGCCUACAGUGAUGAUCUGUUAAUGAACGGCAUUCUCGCUCUAAGUGGGGGCCAUCUCCUGUAUAAACUACCGGACAGCCAUGCAAUCCAACAGGCAACCUCCCGACAUUAUUCCUUAGCGGUGCAGAGUCUUCAUCGGGUGUUGAAUAAUGAGUCGACGCUGCUCGAACCUCUUGUACUCAUUCGAGUAGCAUUGGCGAUUGUAAUCCUUUUUCACUAUGAGGUGGUCUCUGGACACCUGGACGGAUCCCCUUUUACCCACCUGCGCGCCGGUCGUCAUUUGAUCCUACGCCUGCGAAACUGUCGCCACCAGCUCACGUCCAGUGCAGAGAGAAAGCUGUUUGGAUUUGUAGCCGAAGUGUAUUCUUACAUUGUCCUAUCCAACAGCAUCACACCAUUCAACAUGAAUUGCAAUCGGACUCUGAUCUAUGACUCGUUUCUGCAGUCACUGGAUGACUUACGUGAUUUGGGCGCAUUUGGUGUCAUGUUCAGUGGGUUCCACAGUCUGUUCGAACUCAUAUCCUCCAUCUCUCUCUUUGGGGGAGAGCAAGAGGCACAGCCAUCAACGGGUACCAGUCUGCCACUGGACCGCUAUGAGACAUAUAAUCAACUGAAGAUGCGCAUCGACCAUUUGGACAUUUCCACGAUAGAACACCCCGACACUGAGGUGCUUCCCGGGCACAGCACAGCAUUGGGCGUGUUUCGAAUAGCUUUACUGGUUUUUUUGGAAACCGCCGUCUCACCAUUCUCCAAACAUGACUCCGUGCGAGUGCAUCACCUUCAGCCCUUGCUGGAUCGAGCCGUCCACGAUCUCCCCGGGAUGCUCGCAUCGAACUAUUCCUGCCUCUUGAUGUGGCCGAUUAUGGUAAUUGGAUCUUGCUUGAUGAAAAAAGAGCAGCGUAAUUUGAUCACGCAUCUCUUGAUCCAUAAUCAUUACUUGAUGAGAAACACCGCCCAAGCGAGCGUUCUGCUCCAAUUGCUCUGGGAUGAUCCUGACGAAUAUGCGUUUGGGCCAUACGGUCUGGGGCUGUUGAUGAGAAGACACGGACUGCAUUAUGGUGUUAUAUAA